CAGCUGCAAUCCACUGCACAAGGGGUGCUCGUCUGUCUAACUGCACAAAGGUGCACCGAUUUGUUUUGAUUUGUUUGACUAACACAAAGGUGUAAUCCACUACACAAAGGUGUUCAUCUAUCGACUGCACAAGGGUGCAUUGAUUUGUUCGACUAACACAGAGGUGUAAUCCACUACACAAAGGUGUUCAUCUAUAUCGACUGCACAAGGGUGCAUUGAUUUGUUCGACUAGUACACAGGUGCAAAUUCACUGCACAAAGGUGCUCAUUUGUCUAGGUGUGCACUACGUUGAUACGAACAGUGAUACAAACUCAUUCUCAAACUCAAACCACACCAGCCUUUCACUGCAAUGGCUGACUUACCAACCCUUCGACGAAGAAGAGGAGUAACAAAAUCGUCCAUAACUAAGCUUGGAAACAAGACCAAUGAUUUGGAGGCAGCAGAACACGAUCAUAUUGUUGUGAGCCAUGCUGCACAACUUUUGAAAAGGCUAGAGACCUACGAUGCUGACUACAGAAGUCAUCACAUGGCCAUUAUUGAUGCCUUGGAAAGUGACGAAGCUACAGUACCUGAACAAGAAGAACUGGACCGUCACGAUGAAGAUGUAACUGACUUGACUAUUAGGCUACAAGUGCUGUCAGCGGCACCAAUCUCGACUGUCACUGAUGGACGUACUUUCGCUCUACGCCAGUUGGCACAACUGCAGGCAAAACUCACUGCCAUAGGAGACGAUAUCUCUACGCACUCGCUGCCGACCCAAAUGACGUACCGUUGGUGCACCUCUACCAAGAACAACUCAUGGAAUUCAAGCGAGAACUAUUUGACAUUCGCAACAACGUGAUAUCGAUCACCGUGGAUGACUCUGACCCCCUAAAUGAUACUAUCAAGAGGCAGGAGAAAUUGAUAUUCGACAUGUCUGUCACCAUGAAGAGGCUUCUCUACAGCCCUAGUACCGAAGCUCUCGUCCCUACCACACCAGAAACUCCGACUCGUGGAGUCAAUCUUCCCAAAAUUGAAAUAGCUACAUUCAAUGGUGACCUGCUCAGUUGGCAAACAUUCUGGGAACAGUUUGAUGUGUCCAUACACAGCCGCAGGGACGUUAGCAAUGCUGAGAAACUGGCCUAUCUUCGCCAUUCCCUGAAGGAUGGAUCUGCAAAGGCAGUCAUAGAAGGAUUGUCGCAAUCGGGUGAUCAGUACUUGGAAGCAAUUGCAUCGCUCAAGGCGAGAUACGACCGACCAAGGCUAAUUCAUCAAACCCACGUCCAGAAGAUAUGUGAAGCCCCAAGUCUUAAAGAUGGUUCUGGCAAAGAAUUGAGACGUCUUCACGAUACCGUUCAACAACACCUGCGCGCCCUCAAGGCGAUGGACCAAGAUCCCUCUGGAGCCUUCAUCACAUCCAUGAUGGAACUAAAGCUCGAUCAAACUACCAUGUUUGAAUGGCAAAAGACUAGCCAAGCCAUAAAAAGCGUACCUCAUUACCAGGCUAUAUUGGAAUUUCUCAACCUCCGUGCCCAAGCUGCAGAGACCUGCUCUACCCAAGAAAGAAAACAUGUUCGAAAUGACUCAAGAAAACCACCCAGAUUGAUUCCAUCUCAUAUCGGACAUGUGUCUGAGGUGAAUGCUACUGUUUGUGUCGUGUGCAAGACUGAGAAACAUCCUCUAUACACUUGCCCCAAGUUCAAGAACCUACCCCAUGACAAAAUGCUGCUAACUAUCCGUUCCAACAACUUAUGCCUGAACUGCUUCAGAACACCUUUUACACCGAUGAAUACUUGUGCAGUUUCUUUCCAUGAGAAACUGCACAAGUAUUCAUCGGUGUAA